GGAGAGCAGCAACAAAUUCAAGUACCGCCGCGGCGACCCUUCGGGUCUCGAAAACCAGCUCCAGAGAUUCGAGGCGCGCUUCGAGGAGCUAUACCCAGAUACCAUGGCUGAGCUGGCAGAAGAGAAGAAGCGUCGUCGGGCUGAGCGCGCCGCGCUGAACCAAGGCAACCCCAACGCGACAUCUGCCGAAGACGAAAAGGCUCCAGAAGACCGCCGCGACACACUCGACAAGUUGCGUCAGGAGUUCGCAAAACUCUGGGAGGAGGUGCUCCCAGAGAUCAAGGUCAAGAUGGCAGAGAAGCGGCGUAACAAAGCGGACUUCGUGUCUUCUGAAGAGAACUCACGAAGCUGA